AUGGAACCUACUCAGACGGCAGACACCAUGGUGCAGUGUCAUCCACCGUUGGAACUGGAAGAAUUGCCAAAAGAAGACGAAGAAAGAUUAGAGAAAUUGUUUUCUAAAUUAGACACUGAUGGGAAUGGUAAAAUAGACAUUCACGAUUUAUCCGUCGCAUUGAAGGAGCUGGCCCCGCACAUCAAUAGAAGCUAUGCAGAGAAAUUUCUGGCCAAAUCAGGAUGGAAAGAAGCAGGAGAUGUUACAUUGUCGGAGUUUAUCCAUUAUGUGCGGGAGCAUGAGAAAAAUCUUAGAUUGCAGUUUUCUCAUCUUGACAAAAAUAAGGAUGGAAAAGUUGAUCUGGAGGAACUCAUAUCAGCAUUUGCAGAUUUGGGCAUAGCGAUUGGAAGAAAUGAGGCAACUAAUCUCUUAAAAAGGAUGGACCAGGAUGGCAGUCUCAACAUUAGUUACGACGAGUGGCGGGACUACCUCCUGCUGGCGCCUGCGACAGACAUCCACGCACUCAUACAUUUUUGGAGACAUUCCACGGUG